UUGUUGAAAAAAGUUUUUAAUCAUGCCGGUCUUCAGUGGACGUUGCUACAGUAACGCUAAACUAAUAGGAAAGACCGCAAUUGUAACUGGAUGUAACACAGGGAUUGGGAAGGAAACGGUACGCGAUUUUUAUAGGAGAGGUGCAAAAGUAAUAAUGGCAUGCAGGAAUAUUGACAAAGCAGAAGCAGCUAAAAAUGAUAUAGAAGACAGUUGCAAAGAUCUACCCGAGAAGGGAAAUCUGAUUGUAGAGAAAUGUGACCUAUCCUCAUUGUCAUCAGUUCGAGAAUUUACAAAAAAGAUAUUAAACUCUGAAUCCCAUAUAAAUAUACUUGUGAAUAAUGCUGGAGUUAUGAUGUGUCCUAAGGGAGUCACUGAAGAUGGGUUUGAGGUACAAUUUGGUACUAAUCAUUUGGCUCAUUUCCUCUUAACAAUGCUGCUCCUUCCUUGUAUAAGGAACAGCACGCCUGCAAGAAUUGUGACUGUAUCUUCUGCUGCACAUACAAGAUAUGACAUAAACUUUGAUGACUUGAACUACGAAAAUCGACGUUACAACUCAGCAGAAGCAUAUUCGCAGAGCAAACUAGCAAAUGUGCUUUUUUCAAGAGAACUAGCAGCUAAGCUUAAAGCCCACAACAUAGAGGGUAUAAAUACAUACAGUCUGCACCCCGGCGUGAUACGCACUGAGCUGGGAAGGCACAUGGAUGAUGUGCUGUUCAAAGGUGCGAGAAGAAUCAUAGGAUUCUUCUUCUACCCGUUCUUUAAAUCUCCAGAACUUGGCGCUCAAACGACAAUAUAUUGCGCCGUUGACGACAAAUGCGCUAACGAAACUGGAUUGUACUACAGUGAUUGUGUAGUGAAAAAUCCAGACCGAAAAGCUCUCAACGAUGAAUAUGCGAAGAAACUAUGGGAAAAGUCCGUGGAACUGGUUAAGUUAGGAGAUUUUGAUCCAUUCACUGCCGUCCAUUCUGGUGUUGCUAGUAAAUAAUUUUAAUGUAGCCUCGUUUACAUUCUUCUUGUCGCGCUUUCAGCAAUAAUUCCAUUAAUACUGCCGUAGCACGAUUGGGAGAAUUAUUAUAUACAAGUACAUACUGCUUCAUUGGUUCAGUUAGCCUAUGGCACAGAAUAAUGAACGUACAGAAUGAGUCUUUACAAGCAGCGUGUAUUAUUGUAUUUUAAAAUUAAACACUAACAACAAUAUAAUAAUCAAUAUUUACCAAUAAAAAAUACUCCAUCGUGUUUAUAAUAUUAGUAGGAUUAGGUGGCUAAUGGAUCAAAGUUAGUGGAUAGGCCAUUUGGUCCAUGCUGCCGCUGAAGUAAGCUGAAUGUAAACUUAUAGUAAAUCAGCUUAAUGUCGCCGCACACGGGCCACACGCGACAGCCACAAAUGCCACCACAAGAAUGGGCCACGAAAGUAGCUGAAGCGCGCGACAGCCACUUGUGGCCGGUGGUCGACACUUGUGGCCGGUGGUCAACGCUUGUGGUCGGUGGCUGCUACUUUUUUUAACCCAUGCAUCAUCAUCAUUCAUCAUUAUCAACCGGUAUAUCAAAUAUGCCGGUAGCGGUGUUUUGUGGUUUUGGCCGUUGGCCCGUAUGUGGGAGCCCUUAUAGUAAUGACAUAAUUUUAUCUGUUAAGCCUGUGAUUAAAUAAUAAACGCAUAAAAUGUAAUAAUUUUGUUGAUUAUGCGGAUCUUUUGUGGUGGUACGAGUAUUAAUAAGAUUAUACUUUGUUUCAUAAAUAUACUGUUGAGUUUAUUGAAUCAGAACUAUUUUAUAAUUAUACAAAAAAUAUUAUUUAUAAUGAAUUUACAAUACUCACUUUUUUUAUAAAAUUUAUUUAUAUCAAUAAACGUUUAUAUCACGA